GCCAAAUCUAAGGUGUUAAUCAUUUUAUUUUGAUACCAAAAUAUAUCAAAUAAAAAGAGAAAAAAUAUAAUAUGGAAGAACAAAAUAAUUUUUGUAGUUCAAACCAUAAUGAAACCCAAAAUAAUGGUCGUCCAUUAGCACAUUUUCACCCAGAUCUUUGGGGUGAUCACUUUCUUAAUUACACUCCACCAGAUGAGGCAAUACAAACACAAAGGGAGCAAGAAGUGAGGGAGCUAAAAGAGGAAGUAAGAAGAAAGCUUUUGGGCAUUGCUAAAGACUAUAAAGAAAGGCUAAUUUUGAUAGAUGUUGUUGAGCAACUUGGCAUUGCUUACCACUUUGAAGAUGAAAUUGAAGCCAAUUUACAACAUAUUUACAACUAUUCCAAGCCUAAUGAUCAACAUGAGGAUGAUCUCCACUUUGUUUCUCUUAGAUUUCGUCUUUUAAGACAACAUGGCUUUUUCGCCUCAUCUGAUGUAUUCAACAAGUUUAAAAACGAAGAUGGAAAAUUUGAAGAAUCCUUGACAAAAGAUGUAUUAGGCAUACUAAAUUUGUAUGAAGCAGCAAAUCUUAGAAUUCAUGGAGAGAAAAUUCUUGAUGAAGCUGUGGAAUUUACAACAACAAGAUUGAAAUCAUUGGUUGGACAACUUAAGAACCCUUUGAAAGCGAAAGUAAGUCGAGCUUUGAAACUACCUCUUCAAAAAGGUGUCAUUAGAUUAUUAUCGCGAUAUUAUAUUUCCACGUAUGAAGAUGAAUCUGCGCAUGAUGAGACGAUUUUAAAGUUCGCAAAACUUGAUUUCAACUUGUUGCAAACUUUACACUUGAAAGAGCUUCGAGAUCUUUCCAGGUGGUGGAAAGAUCUGGACUUUGGCAGAAAAUUACCAUUUGCAAGAAACAGAAUUACUGAGGUAUAUUUUUGGAUAUUAGGAACCUUUUAUGAACCCAAAUAUACAUUAGGAAGAGAAAUAUUUACAAAAUUAUUUAAGAUGACAUCUAUUAUGGAUGAUACAUAUGAUGCAUAUGGUCUCUUUCCAGAGCUUGUAGCUUACACUGAAGCUGUUCACAGGUGGGAUGAGAAAUGUACGGACCAAUUGCCUGAUUAUAUGAAGCUCACUUAUGAGGCUCUUCUUCAUACAUUUGCUGAUUUUGAACGAAAAUUAGCCAAAGAAGGAAGAUCAGAACUUGUUUCUUAUGUUCGAGAAUUGAUGAAAGCACAAUGUCAAGGCUAUUUUCAAGAGGCAAAAUGGUGCCAUGAAAAAUAUAUCCCAACAUAUGAUGAAUAUCUGAAUGAUGCUGCCAUUAUAACUGCUGGUUAUACCUUAAUGUCUGGGACAGCUUUCUUAGGCAUGGCUGAAUUUGCUACCAAAUCAGUUUUUGAAUGGGUUUCUCAAACCCCAAAACCCAUCAAAGCUUCUUGCAUAAUUGGAAGGCUCAUUGGUGACAUGGCAAGCUUUAAGAUUGAACGAAAAAGAGAUCAUGUUGCAUCAGUUGUAGAAUGCUACAAGAAACAAUAUGGGGUGAAUGAAGAAGAAGCUAUAAAAGAACUUCAAAUUAUAGUUGAGAAAGCAUGGAUGGAUUUGAAUGAAGAAAUGCUUCGACCAACAACAUUUCCAAUGCCAUUAAUGACUCGUAUACUUAACCUUUCAAGAGUCAUUGAAGUUUUUUAUCGUCUUGGAGAAGAUGAUUACUCAUUUGUUAGCAAAAGUAUGCAAGAUAAGAUUCGAUUGGUGCUUAUUGAUCCUAUACAUGUUUAAGCACUAACCAAAGAUUACACUUUUCAGUUUGAAUCGAGAUUCAGAUUUAUGGAUUGACCUAAUGGUUGAAGGUGUUUCGUUCACUCUUAUAGGAAUAUCUAUUUCUUUCUCCAUUUCUGCUUAUAGAAGAUCUCGUUACCCUAAAUUCAAAAUAAAGUAUGCGUUAGUCGUCAAGAUUUGACCUGUUUUGUAUUUGACUUUUUAGAGGUUAUAUGUAAAAUAGCAAAUAAAAGAUAUGUAUACAACAAGGUUUCAAGAAAUUUGGUUUGUUAGUUACCCUCUUGAUGAGGAUGGUUGUUGAUUUGGAGUUUGGUUCAAAUUUUUUUCUCUAAGUGUAUAAGUGUAAGUUUGAAUUGUGUGAUUGUAAUGGAAUGAAGUACUCUAUUUAUUGAA